CCGACGUCCCCUGCACUGCGGGCCCGCCUCCGCCUACCGCCGGAUCACGGGAGCUUCCCGCGCGGAGCACCGCCCGAACAAGCUCCGCCUGCCCUUCGCUUUCACAACAUUCCCUGGAGGCCCCGCCCCCUCAGCCUCCCUUGGCAACCGUGUCCGGGAAGGUUCGGCAGGCUCCGCCUCCCCCGCUUUCGACGCAGCCUCCAGCCCGGGUCUCCCAGGAUGCAGCGCGCGGGCGGGAGGUUUGGAGCGGAGGGAUCCCGCGCCCGCGUAGGGGAGUCGGAAAGUGGCGGCUCUGGGACGCAGGGCCUCGCGCAGUGAGGUUUAAAAGCAUCAACUGGAGUCCAUUUGAAUUCGAAAAUUGGACCAACGCAAAGACUUGAUAUUGUGGAAUGUCUAGCAAACAAGCUGUGUCAUCUAAGGAACAAGAAAUGCUCUUGUGUUAUAAUGGGGAAGUCCUUAUUUUUCGGCUGUCUGAGGGACAUUUUGCAGGUAAAGGGCCUGCAAAAACACCUGUAUUACAUGUCAGGAGAAUGGUGUUUGACAGAAGAACAAGAGCAUUUGUUCAGAAGUCCACUGGAUCCUUUAUGCUAAAGGAAGAAAACUCUCAUUUAAAAAUUAUGUGUUGCGACUGUGUGUCAGAUUUCAGAACUGGAAUUAAUCUCCCUUAUAUUAUGAUACAAUGCAAUAAAAAGAAUAACAUCUUCACAUAUUUUCUUCUAUUUCUUCACAGUACCAAUAAAUUCGAAAAGCGUUUGAGCUUUAGACUAAGCCAUGAGUUGAAGGAUGGUGUAAGGGUCCUUAAUGGUCCGUUCGUUUUAUGGAGACAUGUCAAAACAUUCUACUGUAUCUCUUCCCAAACAGGCAAAGUUACUACUGUGUCUCUUAAUUUUUCCUCUGUUGAGUGGGCAGGGGAGAUUGAAAAUCUAGGUAUGGUUUUAUUGGGACCGAAGACAUGUUUUUUAUCUGAAGAAGGAUCCACUCAAAAGCUUUCAAAAUCAGAUUAUGCAAUUUGGAAUACCAAAUUUUGUGUAUACUCCCUUGAAAAUGAAGAAGUAGUAAGUGAUGCUUACAUUAUCCCUCCUGCUUAUACCAGUGUAAUAACUUAUGUGCAUGUCUGUGCAACUGAGAUUGUCAACAAUCAGUUAAGAAUGUCUCUGAUUGCCCUUACUCGAAAGAAUCAGCUGAUUUUAUUUCAAAAUGGGACUCCUAAAAGCGUGUGCCAGCUUCCAUUUGGAGAUCCUUGUGCAGUUCAACUUAUGGAUUCAGGCAGAGGAGACUUUUUCAUCGUAUCCUUUAGGUCUGGUGAUGCUUGUGCCAUUUGGAAAAAGAACUUUCAGGUUGCUGCUAAGUGGGAAAAAAUUAGAUCAGUACUGAUAGAUGACUUUAUAGGAACUGGAAGUGAACAAGUACUGCUACUUUUUCAGGAGUCCUUGAAUUCAGAUUGCCUGAGUUCGUUUACAAUAACAGAUCUUGGCUACGUAAGCUAUUCAAACAAAACAUUGGAUUGCAAUGAAGAUGACUCAUUUGAAGACAAAGAACGGAAUCGUUAUAUGAUGGUUCCACCUUUGGAAAGAGGAUUGAAAGUUGGUUUCACUUGUAUUCAGGAAUUGCAGCAGCAUCUCUUGCUUAAGGAAAAAAUUAUUUCAAAAUCUUACAAAACUUUAAUAAACCUGGUUCAAGGGAAAGAUGAUAGUACAUCAAGUGCAGAGAAGGCACAUCUUUUUACUCUUUGUGGUAAAGAAGAAAAUCCUGUCUGUACCUUUGAUAAGAAGAUGCCAGACAAUUUUCAAGAUUCAGAACAGCUAGUAGAGAAGAUAUGGUAUCGUGUAAUAGAUGACAGCUUGGUUGUUGGAGUGAAGACCCCAUCUUCUUUGAAGCUGUCCCUGAAUCAUGUGGCUUUAUCACUGUUAUUGGAUCAAGCUCAUAGCUCCAGCUGUCGGCUUAUUAAGUGUCAAAAUAGGGUGAUCAAGUUGAGGAGGGAUUUUUUCCCAGCACCAUGCUCACUGCCAUGUGAAACAGGAUCAGAUGCAAAAAGGAUCAAGUUGACUGUUGGUAGUGAGGAGGAAGAGGGAGAGGAACAGGAAAAGGAAGAGGAAAGCUUUGUUUGUGAACAGUCAUCUGAGAAAGAGUGUGUACAGGUCAUUACUGCUGUAACAUCUCUUUCACCACUUUUAGCAUUGAGUAAUUUUUGUUGUACUGUGCUGCUACAAAUUAGGGAGAGGGAAAACGGUAACUCUUCUGAAGAUCGUUAUAUUCAGUGUGGCAGACUUUUUUUAAGCCUAGAAGACCUUUCAAGUAGGCAAUACCUGCUGAUAUUUCCAAAGAAGAAACCUAUAGAACACAUGGAAGAUCUGUUUGCACUUCUCACAGUGUUUAAAAAAACUUGUUUUCAAAUCACAUCAUCCAACUAUUCUCUGACUUCAAUGAAGACGUGGCUCCUGGAAUACAUGAAAUGUGAAGAAAUCAAAGAAUUUCCAGAAAUUUGCUUUUGCAAGAUGCCAGGGAGUUUCUAUGGGACACUCUUCCAGUGGAAACAAAAAACACCAUUUGAAGGGAUUUUAAUAAUCUAUUCCAGGAAUCAAACAGUUUUGUUCCAGUGCCUUCAUAAUCUCAUCAGAGCUCUCCCUAUAAACUGUUUCUUCAAAAAUCUAAAAUUUGGAAGUGUUGAUUUCCUAAUUAAUCAUUUGGCGUUAACUUUGGAGAAGGAAUUGGUUACCCAUCGUUCUUUUUCUUCUGCCUUAGUUAAGGUUGAAAACAACUUGGUGCAAAGUUGUGAAGCAAGCAAAGAAAAGAGUAGUGGUGUGGCGGCUUUAUCAGACAGAGAGGAAAACGUCCAUCCCUACAGAAAAGAACUACAGAGAGAAAAGAAGCGAACGUUGGGGACGGACCUAAAAGUGAGUGGUGCCUUUUAUAGAGAAAUGGCUUUGAAGUUAGCUGAGGUUCAGCUGAGAUCAGACCUUGCUGCACAGAAACUGGCUGGUUUAUAAUUAUAGUCUUAAUUUGAUUAUAUUUUAAAAUAUGUUUUCUCUACCAGGACAUUUUGGUUCCAAAUUUGUUUUCAUUUUACAUUAUAUGCCUCCUUCGCAAAAAUAAAGAUUGAGGCCUAUAGAAUUGUAGGUACUGAUGCAAGAAAUAGCAUGCCUCAGUGCAGCAGUUCUCAACUGGGGCCAUUUUGCUUUCUUCUUUUCACUCCCCCUACCCAGGGGCAUUUGGCGGGAUCUGGAGACAUUUGUUUUUGGUUGUGAGAAGUAAUUGGGGGUAGGGAGGGUGAGGUUGGGGUGCUAUUCGCAUCUAGUAGGUGGAGACCAGGGAUGCUGCUAAGCGUUCUACUACUAGGCCCUGAGCAGCUCCCACAGCAAAGAAGGAUCCUGCCCAAAAUGCCAGUAAUGCCAAGGUUGAGAAGUCCUGCCUUAGAGUUACCACUUGAGUGAAGGCAGAAGUGAUCUAACAGUACUUUGGUCUAAAUCUUCAAACAACUUAAAUAGUCCUUUUAUUGUGUCCUGUUUAGUAAAAACCUAGCAUAUAAAAAUUAGCUUCAAACAGAUAAACAAGGUUAGUAGGAUUCACAAGUUUCUGUAAACCUCUAGCUCCUGUGGAAAUUGAAAUUGCAGAGUGUCUGGGUGAGACCGUUCAAAUGAAAAUCUUUGAACCCCUUGUUAACUUAAAUUUUGUUAGAGAGUUUCUCUGAAAUUGUGUAAGUCUAUAGGAAUAUGAAAGUUGUAGGGCAUUUCUCUGAAAAGCUUAUUUCUUUCAAAAAGCUAAGCAUCAGCAUGGGCCACUAUUUGAAAAAAAUUGAAAAUGCCUUGAAGCCAUUUGUAAUUCCAACUCUGGGCAGAGCUAAAAUAUAGAAUUCUAACUAAAUUAACUUAAAGAAUAUGAUGCUCCUUAGAGACUGAGAAAUUUAAAAAUAAGUGGAAAUUCACUUAACAGUUAAAAAGUGAUUUUAAGGGGUCCAGUGAAAUAUUUCAAAGGGGUAAAAAGGUAACCUAUUCUUUUUUUUGAAAAAUAAGAAUGCUGGAGUAAUAAGAGAAUAUCAGUAGAGGGGAAGACACAAAAGGAUAGGGCCACGAGGAAUGUUUCUGAUUCUUUUUGCUCUAAAAUCCUUAAGUGAGAUGGAAGUUUUGAUCUGAGUUGAAAGAAACAGAUGAUUAUAGAAAGUGGCAUUUCAUGCUCGCAGCUCUGAAGUGCUAAUUCCCGCCAUGACUUCAAAAUGCUCGUACUUAAUGAUCUGGUGUUGCAGAUGGGGUUUAGGAAAUAUAGGUUAUUAUUUUCCUGUCUUGCUUUUUAUGAUUGUCUUUAUAAUAUGCUACCUCUUGUUUUAGUAGUCCAUUAUAGAUGGAGAUAGGACCUUAUAGCUCUAGUUCUUUGAAACGUCAACCGAAAAGAUUUCAGACUUUCUGGAAGUGGAAAUGGUAUAAUUUCAGGAUUAAUUAUGGAGAUCUGGAAGCAGUAUGUGUCAGUAGGUACAUUGAAACCACCUGUGACAUAUUCUGAAACAACAAUCAUGUAUAAAAUAUAGGAACUAAAUUGAAAAAUGGAGGCUGUCAAAAAGGACACAAAACUUAAUUGUAAUAGUUUAUCUGUAGGAAAGUUAGGAUAACACAAAGAAGUAUGUUGCUGAUUUUUUAUCUAUAAGAGCAACCGAAAAGUAGUCAUCUAUAUACAGCAAAUAACCUCUUUGCAAGUGAGUUUUGUACUCCAGUAUAUUUUUCCUAUUUACUACCAACAAGAACAGCAAGGACUCAAUCCCAGGAUCCUAAGAUCAUGACCUGAGCCCAACGCAGAGGCUUAACCCACUGAACCACCCAGCGCCCCUAGCAUCUUAAGCUUUGUCUUUAGUUAUCCAUGUCCUCACAGCAGCUGUCACUUACCACAGAAGUACAAGCGGUGUUAUGGGCCACUAAAGCAUGCCAUUAGUGACCAGCUAGAACAUUCAGCACUAGAUGUCCUGUCAGUCAGGAAUGGGAAGGAAGUGUAAGGUGCACUGUUGGUUGCCUUUUCCACAUUGAUUUCUUCCCUUUUUUGUACCGGAACUCUCAUUUUGUGCAAGAAACUUCUUUCUACAGCUCAUGUGACUGGGAAAGUAGACCCUAUCCCCAGUUGCAGAGGUUAGUCCUGAAGAGUAUAAGCCAGUUAAUGUAAGAUAUUUGCCUGGCAACUGUGACUGCUCUGGGGUGAGCGCAAGACCUAAAUUGGGCCUAAUUGAACUGAGGGCCUAAAACAAUUUGGGUUUUGGGAGAGGAAGCGGCUUUUCAGUCCUGUGGGGAAGUGGGUGGCCCUAAUUUAAAAAUCACGGGAAAUUAGGCUUAGAAUGAAUCUGAUAUUACAGCCUGCAAAAUUGUUUUAUUGUGCUGCUGAAUCAAACCUAAAUCCCACCCUUUCCUGGGACUACUUAUUAUUUCAGAAAAAAAAAAUCCCCUCUAACAGAAAUCAAGGUUUUGGUUAACUGCACUUGAAAACAUUUCUCGCUGCUAGACAUGGGGAAAAGAAUGCCAGAGAACAGAAUUGACUGUUGGACCUGUGGACUCCCAGGACCGGAACAGGUUACUGCAGAAACAGGAUGCUUGGGCUUCCUGAAAGAAGAGUGGGAGAGAGCUUCCUAUUCCUUUCCUUUCUGGGCAGUGGCUCCCUGGCCUUCCUUUUUGAUUUUUUUUUUUUUUAGUUUACCUCAUUUUGGUCUGCACCUGAUGGUAGUUUAUAUCUGAGAUAGGCUUUAAUUUUUUAAAAAUUGUUUAUCUUUUCUCUCUUCCUUAGCUGAGCUUCCCUCUGGUAUUACACCAGGCCACUUACCCAAUGAUGCCUUCCUCAGUGAGUUAGAGAUUUGUGUCAGUUUAUUUAACCUUUGUUCAUGUUUCCUGUUUUAUUUUUUAAUCAAAUUUUGCUUUUUAUUUUUAAUUUGUAGAAAACUUUUAAUUGAACUGUAGUGGACAAGAAGGUAAGAUUAUACAUGUAAGGAUCGUAUCUAGUGUGUUUAUAAUCCUAGCUGUAUCCUCUCCAGUAGGAAGAGAAUAGUCUUUAUCAAUUUUGACUUUCUAAGAGUCUUUGUGCUAGGAAAAACAGAUUUGAUAUGAUGGGACUGUUUUGGAAACAGAGUAGUACUACUGUACCAAAUAGAUGAACAGCAUUACUAAUUUAGAGCUUGUACCUUUUUCAAAGGUAACAAAUAAAUGUACUAGAACAUGAACAGUUGCCUUUUAACAUGCUAAGGAACAGAAGAUAACCCUUUCUAACAUUCAUUUCAACCUCAUAACAACAACAACAAAAAAAACCAUGGGAAUUUUUAGUGUAGUUUUUGUAAGCCCGAUGAGAUGUUUUAAGGUUUAGAAUUACUAAGUAAUUUAUUUAUGUCAAGUGCAAUAAUAAAAUCCUCUUAUCAGUUAUCCCAACAGGAAACAAAUAUGCUCUCACAUUCGAAAGAUUCCGGUAAAUGUGUAAAAUCUUUGGGAGUUGGGGCAGGCAGUAGCAUCUGAAGGGAGCCAGGACCAAGUGCAUUCUUGAUAAUCUGCAAAAUCCUCAGAGAAAGUGAACAGGUAGUACAUGUGUUGAGCCAGAAUAGGGGAGGUGGGGUUUGGUGUGCAGAUGGUCUGGUGUUUCCUAUAGCUGGUGUCACCUGGAAGGGGAAAGAAUUAGCCUGGAACUAUAAAUAGUAGGAAAAAUAAUUAUAACUUAUUUGGCUUAUAAAGUCAGUUUGUAAUAAAACAGUGCCAUGUCCUCUGACAGUUUUAUAUGAACAAAACACAACUAUUGUUUAAAAAAAAGAUUUGAAGAUCACAUUGAAAUUAUCUAUGAGGAAGAAAAGAUUAUAAGAAAUGUACAAUACAACAAAAAUAUAAAUUUGUUCAUAUAAUUGAAGUAUCAGGGAAAAUGUGGUCCAUGUUAUCUUCAGGCUUGUGAUGGACAAGUUCUUGGAAUUAAUUGAUGGCCCUUGCUGAGUUUUAUCUUUUGACUGCUUCCCUACAAUUGUAUCUAAUACCUGAGUCUCUCUUCCCUAUUUCCUUUCAGUUGUCUUUGUUAGAACCAUCACUCUCCAGAAAUAUUGCAAUUUACCAUUGCUCCAUCAUAUUUGGGGGUUCCUUAAAUGAAAGUGUCAGUUCUUUAAAUAACCCUUAAGUAACUUGUUUUUGAGCUAUCUCUAGGAGGUCUUAAAAUUCUCUGAAAUGUUUAUUGUUGUCAGGGAAUCACUGUGGUGGAGAGUGGAAUUCCAGGAAAAGUUGUAAGCUUCCUAGCCUAGAAAACUUAGAUCUUUAUUCCAUAUGACUACUACAUCACUUAAGAAGAAAAGGAGUGGAAUUCUAUUUUCUUUUUUAAUUGUUGCCAUGCUCUAAUCCUUCCAAAUGAUGUGCCAAUUAGAAAACAUUUCACCUCUUUCAAAAUAUCAGUGGUGUAUGAAGUGGAAGAGGAUAUAGAGAUUUUCAUUCAGUCAUGUGUUUAUUGACAUUUUUAUUGAAUACAUUGUCAUGCCCAGGUGUAUAAGCAGGUGCUGAGUAUAUAAAGAUGAACAUGAAACCUUCUUAGGUUUUAAAGAGCUUGCAAACUUAAUUGGAGAGACAGUGACAUAGAGUUGCAUGUUACACUGAGAUAAUUCAUACAAGUAUACCCGCAGUUCCAUGGGAAUACCCCUAUAAGGCAGUGUGCCCAUGAAGGGCACCAUCUGAGAGCAAGAGUUCUUAAUUUCAGGGAACAGGACUUUUUUGGGAAUCUGAUAAAAACUAAAGAUAUUCAUGUUGGAGGUAGCUGUGGAUUAAAAUGUUGUAACAUAACAGAAUUUUGCCUGAAUCAGGGAUCAUCUGCUAGACCUGUUCAUACCCCAUAAAGGAAGGUGCAGAGAGAAACGUAUAUGUGAAGAAGUUCAAACCAGAGCACUUGGUUCAGUGCAAAGGGGUCUAAAAUACUUAAAUCAUGCAGUUUUGAAAUACUUAUUGAUUGAAAAAUUGGCCUUAUCGGUGAACCCAUACAAUAAUUAUAUCCAAAACCAUUUUUUAUUUUUAUUUUUUUAAAGAUUUAUUUAUUUAUUUAUUUAUUUGAAUGAGCGAGAGAGCGUGAGCGAGCGCUAGUGGGGUGGGGCGGUGAAUGGGGUAAAGGAAGAGGGAGAGAGAAUCUCAAGCAGACUC